AUGCCGCAGCGCCAAGAUCUACCAGAGUCCAACACCAAAUUUGACUCUGAGUCCUCAUCAGAGUCUAAUUCAGAUGACUCGGACAAAGAGCUUGUAUGGGUCCGUGCUGCAAUUACACCUGCUUCUGUAGAUGCAAUGCCUCAGGAACUCCGUCAGAUCUUCCCAUUGCAUACUUGUCCAGACAUCAAUCUUAACAGCAAGGAGCACUGGAUAAGCAGGGUGUCGAUGGAGGAUGGUGUGAAGGUCGAACUAUUCCAGUUCAUUCCUGCCAAAGAGCAUGAAUUGAUGAAUUAUCAUAGCUUCAGCUCUCAGUUUGGGAGGGGCGUCAGUAAUGCUCGUUCUGAAAUGGCUUCAGAUGUCAAGGCAUGUGCUGACCCUGGAUGUUGUGCACUUUUACUGAGCCCCCAUGGUGACUAUACAAAGUUUGCGCCAGUGCUGUUUCCUACACCUGAAAGGCCGGUACCAAACGAGAUGCUCAAAUCAGCGAAGCUGGUGCAAGUGUUGAAAGUAUCACUCUUUGGCAAAUCAUCAUUGGCUGCCACAGGUGCUGCAUCUGCUAGGAUGAAGGCCAAGAUCUGGAAAUUAUGGGCCACAACACCAGGUAUGAUUGCUGCUACUGCUGUCGUUGCAAUAUUCCUACUUUCCGGUGACACAGAACUGACUGAGAUUGGGGAGACCACUAAGAUACCAUAUCACAAAUACCACAACUUCUUCCAUCAAUGCCUACUCACUGGUGGCCCCUGGGCAUGCCAGGUCUUCUUAUUCUUCAAUGAUGCUCUCUUCUCAACUUCAUCCUCUGUCCCUCCUUCUGCACUUUGGUCACCCCAUUUUGAGUACCUCUUAUGUUGUAUUAUGUCUAUAGAAGUAGAGGCCUAA